AUGCAGGGUGUCCUUCCGACCGGACAAGAAAGAACGCUAGAUCUUGUUGGCCUUUGUGGAAGCUGUAUUAAAGGAGAUGAGAGGCUUUUGAUAUACGAAUAUUUGCCGAACAAAAGCUUGGAUUAUUUCAUAUUUGAUAACAACAGAAGAGUGUUAUUGGAAUGGCAGAAGCGCUUCAACAUUCUUAUACAGAUGGUGAGAGGACAUGUCUAUCUCCACCAAGAUUCUAAGCUUCAUAUUGUUCAUAGAGAUCUCAAAGCUAGUAAUAUUUUGCUAGACAAUGACUUUAACCCUAAAAUUUAUGACUUCUGCUUGGAAAGAAUUUUCGAAAGCGAUGACAAAGUCUCGGAAACUAAGAGAGUCGCCAGAACGUUUGGUUACAUGUCUCCAGAGUAUGCAGUAAAGGGUAUAUUUUCAGUGAAAUCUGAUGUUUUCAGCUUUGGUGUGGUCUUACUAGAGAUAAUAAGUGGAAAAAAGAACACACCAAAGCUGAUCGAUACAUGUUUGAAGGAUUUGGUUGUUGAAUAUCAAGUUCUAAGAUGCAUACAGGUGGGCCAGAGUUUUCCUGAGGAUAGGCCAACAAUGUCAUCUGUAAAUUUUAUGUCAGCAAAUGGAGACUCGACUUUGCCUCGUCCAAAAGAGCCGGGUUUCUUCACCGAAAAGAGUUCGGACGCGGAUAUAGCAGCACUGAAUAAUGCAGAGUUACCUACAGUAAACGCAGUCACUAUAACAAUGCUUGGAGGAAGAUAG